UUGAGUAGUCACAGUACGCCACGCCAUCAUACAAAAGCCGGUGUUGAUACAUAACUACAAAAGCAAGUGUCUUACUAUAGCAAGUCUCAGUAUUAUUAUUGCCUGUCUGUAUCAUACCCUACUGUUUUUGUAGUUUAGUAUAGUGUACAGCAUGUCGCGGAUUCGUCUACUACUUGGUUUUAUUUUCGCGCUGUUAAAUUCAAGCGCCCUUGGACUCGAAUACGAUUUCGUAACGAGCGGCUCGGUUACAAAACUAAUGAACAAAGUUUACACUGUACGUUUGCAUUCACACGAUGUCAAAUAUGGCUCCGGAAGCGGUCAGCAGUCAGUGACGGGUAUGAACUCACAAAACGAUGCCAACAGUUACUGGCAAGUUCGCAGCCCAACAGACGAACACAUAACAAGAGGAACUCCUAUCAAAUGUGGCCAAAGCAUUCGGCUAACUCAUAUAAACACCAAUACCAACUUACAUAGUCACCACUUUAAAGCUCCACUGUCAAAAGAACAGGAAGUAAGCGCGUUCGGCACAGAUGGAGAAGGCGACCACCUUGAUAACUGGGUUGUUGUGUGUUCUGGUAAAUACUGGAAAAGAAACAACUUCGUUCGAUUCCAGCACAAGGAAACUAAAGCAUAUCUCACAUGCUCGGAUCAAGUGUUUGGCCGACCAAUACAUGGGCAACAAGAGGUAAUGGCCACACUGCGUGAUGACACUGGAUCUGCAAACUAUUGGAAAUCCAUGGAAGGAGUGUUUCUUAAGCCUACAGAAACCCCCAACAAGAAUUAACACUACUGUUUUCUAAAUGUUGUUUAAGAUUUGGUGCCUUAAAAGAUUUCAAAUUUAAUAGCCAAAUUACCCAUGGAUAGAAGUUUCAAUUUUUGCACACAUCAAUUUUUGGUCAGGGCGUACUUAAAUAUGGUUAUAUGUAAACUGGUAAUACCUCCUCUAAAUUUUCUGCUCAUGUUACUAUUUAUAACCUGGUAAUUCAGUUUAUUACAUACAGCACUGUACUGGGUAAUUAUAAGAAAAUGUUGUUUAAUUACCACAUUCACCACAGUUUCUUGUUAAGAUUUUUAAAAUACUACGAGUUUGAAAAGACGUGUUUUGGUUAGGCAAAUAUUCAAGAAAACAUAUCUAACCAUUUAUCCAGUUAAAAUGAUUUGUUUCAAACUUGUGCAUUUUAUGUAGAAGGUAUAAAAAACUAAACAUUUUACCUAUCUCUCUCCAUCUCUAAUUUGGCAUUAGAUCUGUAUUAUGUGUUGUGAUGCAGCCAAUGUAGAUCUGUAUAUGGUAGCGGUCAUUGUUCAACAUACAAUAAAUAUGUACCUGAAUCUG